AUGUCGUACAACGGAAUAGGUCUGUCCACUCCCCGUGGAUCGGCUACUUCGGGUCAUAUUCAGACCAACAUCUCCAACAGAGCGUUUCAGAGCACUAACCACAGAGGCGAAUUUGCACACCAUGAGAUGACGGACGAGCAAGACAAACGAUUGAACAAGAAGCUGGACAGAGACUACGCAGCUGACCGACAGGCUGACGUGGAGCUGCUGGAACAUGAGCGAAAACGCAAGGUGGAGGUAGCAUGCAUGGAGCUCCAGGACAAGUUGGAGGAGGAGGGACAGAAGGGAGAGGAGGAGAUUGAAGAGGAGGUGAACACCCUGAGACGUCAGCUGACACUCAAGAUGGCUCGGGAACUCGAUGUGAGAACCACCAUUGUUUCUGCGGAUCGAGAAGCUCUGCGAAAGAACUACCACAAGGCAGCCGUCAUCAAACAGCAGGAAAUGGAUCGAAUGAGAGACGCCUUUGAUACCACAAAGAACCUGGAUGACCGAGGACGUGACCGGCCACGAAACCGACAGCGACAAAAUCGAGAAAAGUCGCCCGUCAGGGACACAAGACGAUCUAGAAGUGCUCGAGAACGAUCUCCCUCCCGAAGAGGAAGACGUCCAAGACGGUACUCUGUUACUGAAGAUGUGAGAACCUCUGAGGUGAUUUCUGAGCGACAGGGAUCAGGAUCGCCAUGCCGGAGAGCUGACUCUCGAUCCAGAUCUAGAAGUCCCGAGAGAGGCUCCCGACGAAAAAGCUACAGAGAAAGAUCUCGAUCUCGAUCCCGAGAAAGAAGUGAGAGAAGAGGAAGACGAGACAGCGUCAGAGAGAGGGAGCAAGACAGAUCUCGAUCUCCAUUACCCUACUAG